UCAUUUGCCAUAUUAAUAAUGUCUCCAAGUGCAGUUACACCCGGUAAUGGCAUCGGAAUUGCAAACUUACCGAACCAACGCCACAAGAUUGUAGCCAAGAGAGGAACCAACUUUACCUUGAUGGUUGUUGGUGAGUCCGGCCUCGGAAAAACAACCUUUAUCAAUACUCUUUUUACGACUACCAUUAAGGAAAAGAAAAAUCAAGCUAAACGACAUGCUAAGCAAACCGAAAAAACAGUUGAAAUUGAAAUAACAAAGGCUGAGCUAGAAGAAAAAAUGUUUAAUGUAAAACUUACAGUCAUUGAUACUCCUGGGUUUGGUGACUAUGUUAACAACCGAGAUAGUUGGUUACCAAUUGUCGAAUUUAUCGAUGACCAACAUGAGUCAUAUAUGCGUCAAGAACAGCAGCCACAUCGUAAAGAGAAAUUGGACAUGCGUGUUCAUGCUUGCCUUUAUUUCAUUCGCCCAACUGGACACAC